GAAAAUUGUUUUUUACAACCAUGGCCGCUCGCGACGAGUCGACGCUGGUGCUGUUUGACGUCGAUGGAACUCUGACGCCAUCGCGUUUGAUCAUCUCGCCGCAAAUGAAGCAGCUGCUGCAACGGCUGCGGGAACGCGUCAACGUGGGCAUUGUGGGUGGCUCGGACUUGCCCAAGAUUGAGGAACAGCUUGAUACCAAGACGAUUGGAGAGGACUAUGAUUACGUCUUCUCCGAGAAUGGCGUCGUGGCCAAGUUGCAUGGUGAGAACGCACCAGCACAGUCCGUUGUCAAGUUUCUGGGCGAAGAGAACCUGCAAGAGCUGCUGAACUUUGUGUUGCGCUACAUUGCGGACUUGAAAAUCCCAAAGAAACGUGGCACAUUCAUCGAGAUGCGUCAAGGAAUGAUCAACAUUUCACCGAUUGGUCGCGGCUGCACCCACGCUGAGCGUCUUGAAUUUUUCGAACUUGACAACAAACAAGGGAUUCGCGCAGCAAUGGUCAAGGCGCUGCAGGAAAAGUUCGCGCACUUGAGCAUGAAGUACUCGAUCGGAGGCCAGAUCAGCAUCGAUGUCUUCCCGAUCGGCUGGGACAAGACGUUCUGUCUGACCCAUCUCGAGCCUGGAAAGUUCAAAACCAUCCAUUUCUUUGGUGACAAGACCAGUCCUGGUGGAAACGACUAUGAAAUCUUUUCGCACAGCUCGGUGCAAGGCCACACUGUUCUCAACCCGGACGAUACUGCUGUGCAGCUCAAUCAGCUGUUCUUCAAGUAGACACUCUCCAAUCAGUCAACCACGUGCUGAACUCUGCACCCUCGGCACUGGUAUUUUUUGUUGCUUGCCAUGCUAGCACGAAUAAACAUGAUGUCAAAUAGCA